AUGGCCCCAACUCCCGAGUCCGCCGCCUUCCUGGCGAAGAAGCCUACAGUCCCACCAACCUUUGACGGAGUCGACUACGAUAACACCAAGCGAUUAAAGCAAGCGCAGGAUGCAAUCAUUCGAGAGCAAUGGGUCAAGAGCAUGAUGGCGCGAUUGGUGAGAGAGGAGCUUGGGAAGUGCUAUUACCGGGAAGGAGUCAACCAUUUGGAGAAGUGUGGAGUUCUACGAGGUAAGCUUGGGUUGCGCUCUCAUCGCUGCAGGCACGGGGGAACUGUAUUUCGAGUUGCAGAAUCAUUUUGCAUGUAUAAUUGCUGAUAAUUGGAUUAUAGAACGGUAUUUUGAGCUGUUGAAGGAGUCGAAGAUUCGGGGAUACCUGUUCGAGCAAACAAAUUACAUCACAAAACAACAAGAAAACGGGAAAUGA